AUGGGGUCCCUCAGAGACUACAUGAAGAAAUGCCAUCCCAUCCGAACCAAGUUGAUCAUGAUGGGAGAUGUCGGCGCGGGGCUGAUGGCGUUGCAUAAGUGUGGUAUUGUGCAUGGCGAUCUGAAAAUGGAUAACGUGGUGGUAUUCGCGUCCUUGGACCGGCCAUCCGGAACGAUUGCAAAAGUCUCGGAUUUCGGUCAUUCUAUACUUGUGAGCUCAGCUCCAGAGAAACGGACACAAUACUUCGGAACAACAUUGUACAAUUCACCGGAGGUGGCUCAACAAAAGACGCAGCCAAUCCUGGUCGAGAAUCUCCAUAAAUGCGAUAUCUGGGCAUUUGGUCUCUGUGCGUGGGAGAUCUUAGCGGAUGGACAGGUGUAUUUCCAGCGCAGUUGGAAGCACAAUCCUCAAUUCGAACGUUCGGCCCGAUCAGAGAGCCUAGCAACGCCCACGGACUCGGAGACCCAGGAGGACAGUUCUAUUGAUGGAGAUGACCAACAUGUCUUUGGUCGCUUCGAUCUAUCCUACCUCAGGAUCCUUGCCGGAGAGUUUGUGAACAACAUGAAGAUACCAGGCAUCGGCUUUGAGAAAGGGUUUCUUCGACCAUUAAUGGAUCGUACCCUUCAAGUUGAUCCCUCAAAGAGAGUGUCGGACCUAAAUCGACUUCCCAUAAUCGGAUUCUGGAAUAAGAUGUCCGGUGCCCAAUCUCUCCAGUCAAAGCUAGCUACGUAUGCCAUCUCAGGAGACAUAAGAUACUCGAUAUUUAGCAGAGAUAUCGGCCCGAACAUCAUCUGGGAACAGCAGAAGCAAUUACUGAUUGAUUUUGAAGCCGUGGCCGAGAAGUCACGCCCAGAUAAGAGUGAUGGCUCCGCCGCUUUCCAGACCAUGCUUUGUUAUGUGAAUAACUUUGGCACUUCGCAAGACCUUACGAAGGCAACUCAAUAUAUUCGCAAAGCCGAAGAGGCUGGCCAUCUCAUCGCUCGAAUCUUGGGCUCACGCAUGCUUGAUGGAUUCUCCGCGACCUCGACGAGUGCGCACAAGUCAUACAGUGAAUGUCUUGCCCUCGGCUUCAGUGUCACUCGAAAGGUUGACGCGUCCUCUUCUCUGACUGUACACAACGGCGAAGAAGUGGUGCGAUUUCCAAACUACGAGAGUUUUCGAAAGGCUUAUAUUGAUAUGAUCUCCUGGGAAGCCAUCGACAAGGUGGCUAAGGUGGACUUCUUAAACACUUUCGUCACUCAAAACCUUGCGACGGCACGCUUUCAUCCCCUGGAGAUUGUGGUUCGACAUGGAGAUAUAGAACUCCUGGAAGCUAUGCUAUCUUUAACUGAUUCGAGCAUGGUUCUAGAGCAAGAAAAAGAGACCCUUGUUGCCCAAGCUGCUGCUUGUGGUUAUGGCAAGAUCGCUUGUCGACUUCUCAGCAAAGGAGCAAUCAUAGCCUACGAAAUCUCGACCUCUAUUCUACACUGGCUUUUCUGUUUGGACAUCUCAAGCGUUAGAAAUGUCCAACAGCAGCUGGAGAACACACUGAGCAGCUCUGAUUUGAGGACUCUAGUGAAUCGGCCGUGCCCACAGAGGAUCGUUCUCCACCCCCAAUGGCCAUUCCAGGUGCAUGGUACCCCACUUGCGACAGCGGUGGCCACUGGGAACAUAGAAGUUGUCAAAUCUCUUCUAGAAAUGGGAGCUGAUCCUGCUGCCUCUGCUUUUACGAUAAUUGAAGGCGACACAGCUCCGAAAUUCACGCCUAUUCAUCUUGCUGUUCGAUACCAUAAUGCCAAGAUACUCCAACUCCUCUGGGAAGCGGAAUUUGGUAAACAGCAAAUCACAGGGACCGGAGUAUCCCUCGUUGCCAAACUCGGCUCAUUCCCCAUGGGCUGUGCAUUGAGCUUGCUUACCAAUGCCGAGCGACUCGCCAUCCACGGUAAAAACCACAAGCAAAAGUUGAAAGAGACGAUCGACCUUUUGGCACUGGAUAUUUUGCUCCAGUCAUCCCCAGAAGGCCUAAGUGCAAUCUUUCACGCGAUUGACCUCGAAGAUGUUGACGCCGUCGAACUUCUUCUGGCACAUUUCCCGGCUCUCGCUACCAGAAAGCUUGUUCAACCGGAUGACCAAAAGUUAUUCACAUAUCCACUGCAUUUUGCCGUCCAGAUAGGCGCAAAUCGUGACACGGACGAGGCCAUUCGAAUCGUUGAACAUAUCCUUAAGCUUGAUCCAACUGCCCUUAAUCGGGGAGACAGCUCAUCGGUCAAACCAAUACACAUUGCAGCAAUGGGAUCAUCCACCCGCAUGCUGAACUAUCUUCUCGAUCGCGGAGCCUCAUACGGUGAUCUCGACGGACGAAAACAAAACGCCUUGCACUUUUGUCGGACUGCGGAGAACGUAAAGAUUCUUCUGCUCGGCGGUACACGCAUCGACCACAAGGAUCAAUUGCGGUUCACACCAGCCCAUGCAGCAGCUAUACAUGGUAUGGAAGAGGUUCUACAGGCACUCAUUGAUGCAGGUGCGAACUUGAGCUUUGCAGACAACGAGAACGGUACUCCAUUGCACUGUGCGAUCCGACGAAAGUCUCGCUCGAUGAUCGAAAUGCUACUCAAAGCUGGCGUGAAUGCCGAUGCCCCGAACAUCCAUGGGAAAACACCCCUUUUGGUGGCGAUGGACAUCGGACGUGCUGAUAUAGCCGCAUUGCUGUUCGACCAUGGCGCAAACCCCUUCACAAAAGACACUCAAGGCCUCUCUCCUUUCCAUGUGGCUCUCCGGUGGGAAAGCAGCAGCACCUUGACCAAAUUCCAACUGCACAGGGAGUUCGACUCUCUUUCUUGGGACGACAAGAUCAAAGUCCUGUGGUUUGCAGCGCGCAACGGGCAUCACACAAGCUUGAGACUGUUCCUGAGCAAGAUAAUUGGUAGUCAAUGGCUUUAUCCUCAAAGUCCGGCUUACCAGUAUCGAGAUUCUAUCAGCAAAGCUAUCCACAUCGCGGUUAAGGCCUGCCAGGUCGAAAACGCUAAUGCUCUCCUAUCUUUCGGAGUGAGGGUUGACACGCCUGACUCCAGGGGUAACACGCCCCUCCUAUUGGCAUGCCAAAUAGGUCGCCUCGAGCAAGGAUUCAACCCGUACCACCGCGCAUAUAUGUGUGAGAUGCUCGUCAACAACGGAGCCGACAUACUGGCAAGGAACCACAGCUACCAGACAAUCAUUGCGCUCGCGCAAGCCUACGCCGACUUUCCGCUCAUGACGCUCUUACUCGAGCACACAUUGAAUGUAAAUAACUUCGACCAGGAAACCAAGCGGAACCGCAUAAUCAAAUCCAUCAGGAGUGAUAGAAAGGGAGAGGUAUACAACAAAGAAGCAGAGGCUCUCAUCGGGAAUGAGUCCAUCAAGCCAGGCUUCCUUCGCAGCGCAGCCGCAAAAAGCGAGUGGGAGUUCGUGAUGACCUGUCUUGCUGGACAGUUCAUGAAAAAAGAGAAAAUCAAAGAGGUCUUCGGGGCACACAGAUGGCCAACUGGCGUUGAUAGCAUCGAUAUGAUGCUUUACUACUCCGUCAACAAGGAUCGAAAUUUCGUUGCGCACCUCUACAAACUUUCGAAUAAAAGCAUUGGAGAAGAUGCGAAAUUCUUUCACCGUGUUCAAAUCGGGCGCCGGGAUUUGGACGUUGAUCUUGAUGAAGCGAGGGAGAUGCUGAAUAGUAUUAUCUGGCCGGAAAAGCAGGACAAAGAUCGAAUAAAUCCUCUUAAGUCGCUAUUAGACUUGUCACAUUGGCCUCAAAUUCCGGACGAAGAAGACCGUCAUUCGGAAAACAAGGAACAAGAAGAGGGCACGAGGAAGAUAUGGACGGGUUGGCUUGACAAGUUUGACAAAUGCAAGAAGGACAAGAACGAGACUGAAGAGGAUGCGGAAGAAGAACUGGAUAUGUCUGAUGAAGGGAUGAAGAUUAGUACCCCCAGAAUCUCGGUAAAGUCUGCGCAAUCAUUUUUCCCUGAUCAAGAUAUGGAUGCGAGGGAGAAGUAA